CUUCGGGGAUUCCACUGCAGAGAGCAGCCGAGGAGCGGAGGUGACACGUAAGUUAAGGGCUGGAAGGUGGCCAGGGCAGGCAGGGAAGUUCCCUUUGUUUCCCGUUCAGGUGGCUGCAGAGUAAGGCGGGCAGGAGGGGAGGGAGCUGAUGCACAGAGAGCCCCCCCCCCCCCGUAAGGAGGCAGGAGGGGAGGGAGCUGAUGCACAGAGAGCCCCCCCCGUAAGGAGGGCAGGAGGGGAGGGAGCUGAUGCACAGAGAGCCCCCCCCCCCCGUAAGGCGGGCAGGAGGGAAGGGAGCUGAUGCACAGAGACACCCCCCUUAAAGCGGGCCGGAGGGGAGGGAGCUGAGAGAGAAACACGCUCGCCCUCUGACCCUUCUCCCAAAGCAACCCCUGCAGGAGAACAGGGGAGCUGCUAUACAGAGUCCCCCUACCCCAGCACCCACAGACACACUGGUAACCUGGGGCAGGGGCACUGCAGCGCACAGAUCCCCCCCCCCCCCCGGCCCCCAAGUCCCGCGGACAGGAUGGCAGGGACCAGGGGAGCUGCUGUGUAAAGAAACCCUUCCCCCCCGCCCCAUCCUCCAGUACGCGCCCCGACACCCCAGCAGAUGAGCUGCUGCCCCCACCGCUGCCCGCCCUGGAGUAAGACAGGCGGGGGGCAGAGAUCCCCCACCCACUAUCCGUCCCCGUGCGGCCCCCGAGCCCCCUUCCCGCGGCGGAGCGCCCCAGGGCUGCAGCAUGCUCCUGGGGCGCCCGCAGCCACGUGUGCCGGACGGCCUGCGGAGAGCGCCCCGGGCUCCAGGGCAGCAGCAGUGGGAGGGGGCUGAACUAAGCGCUCAGGGUCCCCUCCUCCCGGCUCUGUCCCUUGGUGCCCAAUGCUGCCUCCUCCUCCUCCUCCCUCCAGCUGCUGCUAAACCGCCUGGGGUGGGGGGGCUCCGGGACCCGAGGAGGGACUAUGGGCAACGGGAUGUGCUCCCGAAAACAGAAGCGGAUUUUCCAGACCUUUUUGCUCCUGACCGUCGCGUUUGGCUUCCUCUACGGGGCCGUGCUGUACUACGAGUUGCAGAGCCAGCUGAGGAAAGCCGAGGCGGUGGCACUCAAGUACCAGCAGCACCAAGAGUCGCUCUCAGCCCAGCUACAAGUUGUCUAUGAGCACAGGUCAAGAUUAGAAAAGUCUUUACAGAAGGAAAGGCUUGAACAUAAGAAAGCAAAAGAAGACUUUCUUGUUUAUAAAUUGGAAGCACAAGAAACACUAAAUAAAGGAAGGCAAGAUUCAAAUAGCAGAUAUAGCACACUGAAUGUACAACACCAAAUGUUGAAGAGUCAACAUGAAGAAUUAAAAAAACAGCAUGCAGACCUCGAGGAGGAACACCGAAAACAAGGAGAAGACUUUAGAAGAACAUUCAGCGAUCACAAGCAGAAAUAUGUACAAAUACAGGAAGAGAAAGAGCAGGAACUCUCCAAGCUAAAGGAAUCUCUGUAUAAUUUGCGUGAGGAGAAUAGACACCUGAGAAAAGCACACCAAGAUAUUCAUACCCAGCUACAAGAUGUCAAGCAACAGCAUAAGAAUUUACUCUCCCAACAUGACCAGCUUGUAGUGACGUUGGAAGACCACAAGAGUGCACUAGCUGCUGCACAGUCCCAGGUAGAAGAAUAUAAACAACUGAAGGACACACUCAACAAAAUGCCAAGUUUUCGACAACCUGAAAAGUUAGAGCAGCCAAACGUUCCACAGGAAGCUGCAGUGGCGGGAGCAACAUCUCCAAAUAGUGACCUCCCAGCACAUGAGAAAAAUGCAGCUGACGAGCAAAAAGAGGUACCCCAGAAUGAGGAGAAGCCACAGGAAAGGGAAGAAAUAAAUUCCAAGAGAAGAGAAGAUGAAGAUGAAACUUUACUGAGCAGAAAAGCAAAUGAGGGUCACCCUCACAAAGAACUGAAUAUUCAGCAGCAACAAGAAGCAGGAGAAGAUGAAGAGCAACACAUGGACCAAGUUGAAGAGGAGCACAGAAAAGAACUUGAGGAGGAGGAAAUGGAGCAGGCAGGGCAACCUGAGCACUUGGUGGAAGAACAGGAUCAAGCACCAGAAGAACAUGACUGGAAAGAACGGGAACAUAAAGAAGAAGCAGCCAACAUGCUGGGUGAACGCAUUCACUCAGAGAGAGUAACAAAAAGAUACAAACUGGCCUAUGAAGAACAGUUGGAACAGCAGCAUCUGGCUGCCCGAAGAGCUGAAGAAGCCAAACAGCUAAGGGAACAUCAGGAAUCUCUACACCAGCAGAGGCUGAAAGGGCAGUUAUUACGGCAGCAGCAGCUUCAAGAAAAAGAGCUUGCACUACGGAGACAGGCUGAACGAGGAGAAGAGCAGUACAAAAACCAGCUAAGCCAACAAGCUCAUUAUGACAAUAUGGACCAUGAUAUUGUACAAGGAGAAGAGGGGCAAGGCAUCCACGAAGAAGAUGGAGUGUAUGAAAGGGACAAUCGGCACCAAGAUGAAGCUGAAGAAGUAGAAGAUCAAAUUAAUGCAAAUGAGCAGCAAGAACCAGAGCAUCAAACAGAGAACCAGCAGGCAGAUGAGCCAGCGAAGGCAGCUGUGGAAGAUGUGAACCCAGCUGAUGAUCCUAACAAUCAGGGAGAGGACGAGUUUGAAGAAGCUGAACAAGAGAGAGAAGAGAAUCUGCCAGAUGAGAAUGAGCAGCACAAACAAAAUAAUCAGAAGCAGGAGAAUCCUGAGAUGGAGGAACAUUUAGUGAUGGCAGGAAAUCCUGACCAGCAAGAAGAUAAUGUGGAUGAACAGUACCAAGAAGAGGGAGAAGAAGAGGUCCAAGAAGAUUUGACUGAAGAGAAGAAAAAGGAACGGGAACACAAUGCUGAAGAGCCAUAUGGUGAAAAUGAUGAAAAUGCUGAUGAAAAAAACAAUGAAGGUGCAGACCAUGAGCAAGGAGUUCAUGAAGAGAACAAUGCAAAAGAAGGUCAUGAAGAAAAUUAUGAGGAGGAAGAGGAGGAUGAGGAGGAAGGUGGCGCCAUUGCAGCAAAAGCCCAUAGAAGAGGGGAAAUGUAACUCUUUGUUGUUUUAUGGGUUAUGUUCAACAAAAGAUUCUUGCUUGAAAUGAACUUUUUUCUAAGGAUAUUUAAUUACAAUAAUUCAAACUUUGCCUUUUAUGUUUUUUACUUUUCUAUUAGAUGCUUUCAUACAUAUAUGUGAAUACACUAUUUUGAUAUUCUAGAUUAGCAUCUCUUUUAUAUUAAGGCAACACAAAGACAGACAGGUCUCAUUCUUGUCAUAAUUCUGGUAAUGUUUUAAAAGAGCAUUUUUGGUAUAAAUUUAAACUUUCCUAUUGUCCAAGUUUGGAAAGAGCAUUCAGUCUACACUGUAACUUAUAUGGGAAGUGAUCUCGGGCCUGAAACUACUCAACGUUAGUCACUCAAAUAGUUUCAUUGCCUUCAGUGAUUCAUGGGUGAGUAAGGGCUAGCUGAAUUACACACUGAAGCCCCCAUAAGCAUUACAGGAUUGGUUUAAAGUUUAGGCCACAAAUGGGCAGUCUCAUUGGCUUUAAUGGGACUAUUUGCAUGCUUAAAGGUAAUCAUGGGCAUGUGUGUUUGCAGGAUCAGUUCUCAGCAUGUAGAUGCAGUGCAACUUUAAAAGAUGCAAGCUAUAAAAGCUUUAAGAAUAUGGUGCUGUUAAUAGCUGUUAACCUUAACAGCUGUUUAUGUACAAUUAUUAUAAACUUAAUUUUAACGUGUAGCAAGGUGUUUCAGUUACAAAAAUCACAGCAGAUAAUAAAAGGUGGUCUGUGGGUAAAGUACAUGCGGAAUGCAUUAUGUAAAGAACGACUCAGACAAUCAUAGAUGCAAAAUCAAAAUAGUCCCAUCAGUUGAAAACAUAGUCAGCACAGGAAGAAUUAAGGUUUAAAGGAAGAAUAACUGGGUGAUACUCAAACUAGUUCAUAAAAUGUGUAUCUGGCCCACUAUCCUCAAAACAUUUUAAUAAUCAUUUGUGUGUAAGGCCUGUUGAACAUGCAUUUUGGAGAGUAAAAGGACUUAAGGCAUUUUAAGUGAGUUAAUAAGACUAGUACAAGAUAUCCCCUUCUGAAUUUAGGGCCCCACAUUUCUUGUGGAGGUCAUCCAGAGGGAUGACUGUAUAUACACUGUUGUGCUCAGCUGGUGAAUAGCAAACCAGCGACAAAACUUCUGUAAGCACACUGCAGUGUGUUUUGCUUCCCUUUAGCACUGCAUGCCCAAAUGUUAAUACUAACCUACCAGAGGCCCAGUAUGUUAAGUAUACCAAGUCCUACAAUUAAUGUAAUUGAGGUGCAUAAAAAUAUACAAUAUUUGUACUGUUACACACCUUUGCUGUUUAAUUUAAAGGGGUUAGGCCUAAAGGUUAUAAUCUAACCAUUGUGGUACUCUUGAAUUAACCCCUGGAGAAUGGAAAUCUGGAUUUCCUAGGCUAUGUCCCAUUGCUGGAAAUGAGGCAUACCAUCGCUACCAGCGUGAAGGUGUUAAUAUAUAAAGGAAAGUGUGUUUCUUUUUCUCUUUACACUUUUUUUGAAUGAUACAUAAGUAAUAUUUUUUAGUUUAACUUUUUAAUCUGCUUGUAAUUUAAUUCAGUUUCUACUAACUCAAUUAUACUUUUUAAAAAUGGUUUUACUAUUUCUAAUUUUUUUAAAGUGCCCCAUAUAUUUCUUACAUUGCAUAGGAAUAUUUUGGUCAAAAUGUGUUUUUGAUUUUCUGGUUACCAUAUUUACAUUAUGUAUAAAAAUGCCUGUUUAUGUAAUACUGUAAAAUGUAUAUAAUAUGUACAUAAUCGUCAGAAUACAAUUAUUUUGAUAAAUUGGUCUGUUUUUUUAAUGUCACUGUUGCAGAAUUUAAUUAUUUGAGGCAUAAUAAAAACUUGCCUGCAGUCAAUAAAGCUAGAAUGUGGGUUACCAAUC